AUGAUCGCCGGAUUUAGCCUCAGUUGCCUGAUGCUGCUGAGGAUCAUCUGCAAAGUCUUGUUUCACUUCUCGUCCCUCGGUCGCGGCAUGCGAAAGUUUCUGAAGCGGACGCUGCAGCUUUUCCGGGUGGGGAAGGCACGACGGGAGCCGGAGGCGAAAAGUGCCGAGCAGGAACGCUUGAGGAGCGAACUGCUGCAGGUGCGCCUCUAUCUAGCACACUGCCUGCUGUCCGUGUAUGCGGCUGUAGCCGGCAUCAUCGUAGCCGCGAACAUGACCACGCUGUCCAU